UAAAGUCCAAUCAGCUGAGGACGAAAACUUAGCUCGAGGAACAAGGCUUAAUCUCGAAUGCUGAUUAUAAUAUAAUAAAUUAUAAACAAUGUAAAAUACCUUCUUGAUUUGCAAUGGAUGAAUUGAACAAGAAAUAAAUAUCAUGGAUUGGUGCAAAAAUGUUGUGAAAUUCUGUGAUCAGAGAGAAAGAAGGGAACAAUUUGGUACAUACUUUCAACGAAGACUUCAUGUAACAGAUGAAUUUAUUGCACGAUUGGGUCUUGAAGCAGAACUAGAGGGUCAUGGAGGUUGUGUUAACUGUCUAGAAUGGAAUGGGAAAGGAAAUUUAUUAGCCAGUGGUUCAGAUGAUGUGCAAAUUAUAAUAUGGGAUCCAUUUAGAAGAAAAAAGUUAACUACUCUACAUACAGGUCACCAUGGUAACAUCUUUUCUGUAAAGUUCCUGCCUAACUCUAAUGAUGGGACAAUUGCCAGUGGGGCAGGAGACCACAAGAUUCAUACUUAUGAUGUUAAUGCUAAGGAGACCACAAUGGUUUGUAGUUGUCACUCAGGGCGUGUUAAAAGAUUAGCAGUGGCUCCUAAUGUUCCUUUCAUGUUCUGGAGUGCAGCUGAAGAUGGACUGAUCAUGCAGUAUGAUCUUCGAACACCACAUCAGUGCUCCAGUGUGUGUAAUAGUGUUUUAAUUAACCUGCUCAAUCAUGCAGGUAGAAAUGCAGAGGCAAAAUGUCUGGCAAUCAACCCUCUUCGUCCAGAACUUCUUGCUGUUGGGGCAAAUGAUCCCUUUGUUCGGCUGUAUGAUAGGCGAAUGAUUUCACCAACGACAAUUAACUAUCCACCUGAUCAUUCAACACGUUCACCAUGGGAACGGCAUAAUUACAUAUCAGCUCAUUCAGAGACUGAAGAAGACAACCUUCCACCUGGUUGUGCUACAUAUUUCGUGGCAGGUCACCUUCCACUCAAACAGACAGACUAUAGAAAACGGUACAGGAACUUAGCAUCAACGUUCCUUUCAUUCAGUCCUGAUGGCAGUGAACUUUUAGCUAAUCUUGGAGGAGAACAAAUCUAUCUUUUUAAUGUUGUUAAGCCUCAAAAACCUAAAACAUUUGACCUGCAGGGUUUUUCCAUUCCAGCUUAUGGAGUUUGUAAAGACACUUGCUUCUCCAGUAAUGGAUACAGCACUUAUCUUAAUGGCACCACCAAUGGCUUGACAGCUAGCAGAGUUAUACCUGAUGCAGGCCACUUGUUCAGUAGUUCAACUGAGUUUUCAGGCAAUUUGUUACGUGACAACAGUAAAUAUCAUAGACAUCUCUCAGCAAAAGCGGAAGCCAUAAAGGCUAAAGCCAAUGAAAAGUUUGACAAACAGCAAUAUCCUGUAGCUAUUCAUCUAUACAAUGAAGCUAUUUACCUUCAUCCUGAAGCCUCAAUCUUAUAUGGAAACCGAGCAGCUGCUUUCAUGAAAAGGGGCUGGGAUGGAGAUUUAUAUGCAGCUCUUCGAGACUGUCAUACAGCUUUGAAACUAGAUCCAGAAUAUUUUAAAGCUCAUUUUCGUCUUGCCAGAUGUUUAUACGAGUUACACUGGACAAGGGAAGCAUUAGAUUGCUUACAAGUUUUCAAAAACAAAUUCCCUGGCCAUGCUCAGAGUCAUGCUUGUGUAGCUUUAGACCGAGAUAUCAAAGCUGCUAUAUCCUCUUCUUCAGAAACUGAAACAGAAGAUACAGGAUGUGAUAACAAGCAGGAAUCCCACAGCUCCACAGAGAAUGGAAUGAGUCCCCGUCAUCGCAAACCUUCUUUGUCAGAACAGGAAAAAACAUGGCGUGCUUCAGCUUAUGACUAUGAAUCUCGGUUUUGUGGCCAUUGUAAUACAACUACAGACAUCAAAGAAGCUAAUUUCUUUGGGAGUCAUGGACAGUACAUCUUAGCUGGGUCAGAUGAUGGAUCUUUCUUCAUAUGGGACAGAGAAACUACUAACAUUGUCCGUGUCUUAAGAGGAGAUGAUUCUAUUGUCAACUGUUUGCAACCUCAUCCAAGUCAUUGUCUUUUAGCAACUAGUGGUAUAGAGUUUGUGGUUCGACUCUGGAGCCCACGUCCUGAAGAUGGCAGCAAGGAAGACAGGGUAGUUAUUGAUUCUGAUGAUGCAGCAGUUGCCAACCAAAAGAGAAUGAAUGCUGAUCCACUGUCUGUAAUGUUGAUAAACAUGGGUUACCCUAUCCCCAUAGUAGACAAUGAUGAAAGUGAAGGCAGUAGGGAUAGUGCUGUUCAGUGCCGUACAAGCUAGUUCAAUUCUUCUAUAAUGGACUGAAGGUGCAUGAGAAAAAUACUUCUGUAUAUAGUGAACUUUAAGUGUAAUGGACUUAUUAUAACAUUUGUGUGUGUAUGUGUUUUUUGAAGAGAUAAAUAUUUACAUUGAGUCAAUUAUUUUAAUAAACAGCUAGUUCGUUAUCCUACAAUACCAGUCUUCUAAUUGAACUGUUUUUUCUUUGCCAUAUACAAAAGAUUUGUAUGGACGUAUUUGUAACAGUUUUUUUAUGGGUUUGUUUGGUCAGAGACCAUGAUUUACUAAUACCCAAAUGUGGUUUUGAUUUUACUUUGUAUACUAUAUUAAUUUAUGAAGUAUGUAAAGAGAAACAUUACAGUACCAGAUAUAUAUAUAUGUAUCUUCAUAAAAAAGAAAAAUAGACAGUUGUGGAAAUGAUAAGUCCUACAUUCAGAAAAAAAAAUAACAUUCUACAUGUUAUUAGUUUUAAUAGAAAAUUUGUCUGUGGUAUUGACUAUUAAUUUUUGGUUAAAUUUUGCACUUGUACAUUUUAAUAUUUUUCAUUAUUACAUCCUGAAAAGUCCAACUUAAAAAGUAGUCUAGUUUUUAUCUGCUCAACGAAGCUGCUUAUGUUUUCAUGGUAGUUGCCAGUGAUUUUUGUUGCAUCAUUUUUUCCUUCAAGAACUGAAAGAGGUGUAGUUGAAGAGUUGUUUUGGCUUAUGUACUUGCCUUUUUUGUCAAUGUUGGAUGAGAUUUAAAUAUAAGUUUAUAUAGGUGGCAUACUUACCUCUUAACAAUCAAACCUGGACGAGGUAUGUUCGUGUGUAGUUGAAGUUUUGUAGUAAAUUUAUUUUAAUUACCAUGAGAUAUAAUGUUAAAAGUAUUGACUGUUGUUAUUUUUAACACACAUUACAUUUCAACUAAAAAUCUACUAAAACAAAGCUCGGGUAAAGUGUCCUGGAUCAUUAAGUUCGCUUGAUAUGUUUAUUUACAUAGAGUUUAUCUUAACAUUUCCUCUCUCUUUUUUUUUUGUCUAAUUUAGUAGUCUUCUUUAAACUAGUAUAUUUGUUAACACUGUUGUACUUAGCACAAUCAUCUUAAUAUUUUUUAUGAAACCUUGGUAAACUACAAUGAAACAUCCAUAUGAUUGUUUUUUUUUUAUAUAUACGUGUUGUAGUGGCAAUAAUUAUAUUUUAAAGUUGACUGUUAUGUUGACUGUUAUCUACUUCUUUAAUGUGUUAUUUACUUCUCAAGUAUCAUUUAUUUCAUUACUAAGAUAUUGCCUCUCUGAAGAUGUGAAUAAUUUUGUUAAACUCCAUUUUAAUUAUGUGGUAUUAGGCACAGAUCUACUUGUAGUGCUACUUUUGAAGGCAACAGUGAUAUAAAGAUGCUUUGAUAGUGGUCAGAAAGGACAAGGCAGUUGAAGCCAUUACACUUAACAUAGAUAACUUACUACUGGCUUGUACCUCCAUUCAUAAGUAACUUCACAUACUGAAGGCAUUAUAUGGAACUGUUGUAAGAAAAACCAAUGAUAUACAGUAUAAAAGCCAGUAAGAUAGUUCUUAGUGAGGCAGAAUUUCUACUGUAGUUAUCAUAAACAAUAGAUAAUCUUCAGGAAAGAUGCUACUUCAAUGGAGAUGAAAUGCCAAUUUGUAUACAAACUAUAUGGUUCAAACACUCAAGAAAUAUUGACAGCACUUAUGAUUCCCUUUUUAUUUUUAUUUUUUUCAUACAUAUUUAGAGAUAUGCAAAUAAUUGUACUUGAAGAAUGGUCCAGGUUUGAAUAGUUUGCUUUCCAUAUUUUAUAUCAAGUGUCUGAAUACAGCAAUGUAUAUGAAAUUCUUUGAAUAUUCUUACUACUUCCUGUACACAAAAACUUAGGCAUUGUUGAAAAGCAUAAAAAAAAGAAGCUUUAUUCAUCUACACUUGCCAGGCAAAAAUUACUGCUUAGUAUGUUCUUAAUGACUGAAGAAGUAGCCUUCCUAGAUAUGCAAAAAUGUUUGUAUUUUACAUUGGAACGCAUCUUAUCCAGCACUAAAGCUUUGUGUUAAAUUAUUUAGCUUGUUGCCUUAUUAUUUCAGAAAUAAAGAAUGAUUUGAAAUUA